CUGCAGCUGUGCUCUCUCAUUCUGACUAAAGCAAGCUCUUGGUUUAUCGAAGUUACGCUAAGACUCUACUUGACUGGUUAACCCUGCUGCUGCUGUUUGCCAUGCGGCUGCUCUGCGGUCUGCUGCUGCUGCUGUGCCUGGUGGUCUGGGCAACUGAGGCACGAAAGGGUGGAAAGGGACGCCGAAUGCGGAGUCGAGACUGGUCAAGUACCACCAAGCGGUUUGCUGCAGACUGCAAGGAAAGUAUUGUCAAUGGGGAAAAGUUCUUUGACUGCCAAGAGCGCCAUCUGACAGCCGUAUUGUUGGGCUGGCCGGAGGACAUUCACCACCUGCUGCUGGCACGGAACCGGAUCCAGGUGCUGCGAGACAACACCUUCAGUCACUUCCGAAACCUGAAGAGUCUGGAUCUCCAGCAGAACGAAAUCUCCCGCAUAGAGGAGGGAGCUUUCAACGGCCUGAGCAGACUCACCACUUUACUGCUGCAGCACAACCGUCUGCAGGUGACGAGCGAAGGCAUGCUGAUCCCAAUGCCGCAACUCAAGUACUUGCGACUCCAUGACAAUCCCUGGAGGUGUGACUGCCAGCUGGACAGCCUGGUCAGGUUCAUACAAGUGCCCAGUAACCGUAACAUCGGCAAUUACGCACGCUGUGCUGAGCCCAGGGAAUUCUGGGGGAGGCAACUGAAGAAGCUGGAUGCAGAGCUUCUGUGUACCCCUCAGCAGGAGAACGUAUUGAUCCCGCAUCCGGACAAUCAGCCCCUACCGGCUUCACAAAAAAAGUCUGAUGCAACCUCUCUAUGUCACACCUACAUUCACCCUGUGCCCCGUCUGGACUGCAGGAACAGAGACCUUAAAACAGUCCCGGCUGACAUCCCGUUGGAUAUUGUGAGACUGGAUUUAUCCAGAAACAACAUCAAGCAGCUGAGACCAAAGGAGUUUGUAAACGUUAAAGACCUAAAGCUCUUGAACCUGAGUGGAAACAGUCUGGAAAGCAUCGACACAGCUGCCUUUACAGGCCUGCUGUACUUGGGAGGAUUGGACCUGUCCAACAACAGCCUGCGCUAUUUUCAAUAUGGCGUUUUGGAGGACCUGUACUUCCUGAAAAGACUGUCUCUGGAGGACAACCCCUGGAUUUGUGAUUACAACAUUCAUUACUUGAUCUAUUGGCUGAAGCACCACCCCGGUGUGUCCCACACAGGUCUGGUGUGCAGUGAACCAGAAGAGUUUCGUGGUUGGCCGGUGGAAAACUACGUCAAGACCUACAACGCAGACUGUCCUAAAGACAAGCAGCUGGGCCAGGUGCCUGGCACUGACCCGGCAGGCAUCACAGCUCAGGAGCUCACAGCUGAGAUAGAUGAAGAGGAGCUGCUUACAGAAUUGGGGCCCAGACCUUACAGAGGGCCUAAGAAAUUUGAGAUCAUCCGUCUGACUUAAGAUGGAAACUAUGAUGCUGUUGGGAACUCUUUUUUUUUUAUUUGGUCAUGAACAAAUCAUUUUCCCAGCAAAAUUCUGACUGUGUGAGAGAUGAAACUUUAAUAUGCUGUCACAUUCGCAGAUUAAUUCAGUCCAGUCAGAAAUCAAGCAGUUGAUGUUUACGUAUUGUUUAGCAUUUCUAAUGAGUAAUUUUGUAAAUUGAAUCAUGAUAAAUAAAAUACAGAUUGAUUUGUUUUUUUUUUAAUUCACUGAUGAAUCUUAUGUUUGUCCAUUAACCAAAUUUGAAGAGGCGAAAUAUAGUGCCCCGUGUUGUGAAUUUUUUAUUCAGACACAAUUCAAAACGCAACAACACACAAACUCUCAAAUACUUGCACAUGUAAGCAUAAAAACAAUUUCCUUUUCCAUGCAAGGCACCCACAUUAGUGUUACACACAAGGUAAUGCCCACAUGUUCAAUUCUCCAACAAGAUAUAGCACAAAAAGAAACUGUAAAGUCUAUAAAAUAGAGACGUACGUGUAUAUCCACAUGAAGUCAGUCCUGUGAUGUAUAUGUCUAGAGAACAUUGGCCAUAAGUGACUGAAACAUUAGAAAGGCAUUUUUCUGAGGGGGAAGGGCAAGUAUAUAGCAGUUUUUCUCCAGAGCCGCAUUUUUAUCUCCAUCCUGUCUGAAAAGAAACAGAUGCUGGAAGAUUACGGAUCUGCAGUAUAUAUCACUGCUUUGAGAGAAUGCAAUGAGUGAAAAAUCUGGGGAACAUUUUUUGCAGUUCAGGUGGAGGGCCAUAUGGGGACUGACUCCAUGCAUUUGAGUGAAAACAUGGCAGGGAAUCAAAGUAAAUAAAUGGAUGAAGAGCUCAUCCUUUUAAUUAAUAAUUGUUUUGCAGCAGCACAGAUGUUUUCAGCAUU